ACCUGCUACUCCCUUCUGUGGAUGGGCCAGGCGCCUCCGAGAGGAUCAGCCGUCUUGGCAGCAGCGCUUGGCGACCAAAUAAGCGCAGCCGCAGCCAUCGACCCGCCAUAUUUGCGGUGCCGCGCUACCAAACCAACGCAUGCUGGGACUGGAAGAGCGAGUGAGGAAAAAGCCGGAACCGGAAGUCCCGGGCAAGUCGCCUUCCGUGUUCAUUCUCUGGCACGUGCAAUCCUCGCCGUUUCUACUGCUGCGCGUCUCGGGCGGGCGCCGGGGCUGGGAAGCCUUGCGCCGGCCAUGGCGGCGGCGAAUGAGGCGCUGCUGUGGCGGCGGCUGACGGGCUUGUCAUUCGGGAUGUACACAGCCGAAGAAAUACGGAAGCUGAGUGUGAAAUCUAUAACGAACCAUCGUUUCCUGGAUAACGUAGGCACUCCAUCUCCAAAUGGGCUGUAUGAUUUGGCUUUGGGACCACUUAACAACAAAGAAGUGUGUGCUACCUGUGCACAGGACUUCAACAAUUGCCCAGGUCACUUGGGUCAUAUAGAACUGCCCCUCACUGUCUACAAUCCUCUCUUUUUUGAUAAAUUAUUCCUUCUGAUACGAGGUUCUUGCUUGAACUGUUGCCAUCUGACAUGUCCCCGGGCUGUGAUACAUUUAUUACUUAACCAGCUGAGACUCUUGGAAAUAGGAUUACUUCAAGCAGUCCAUGAUCUUGAGGCCGUCCUAAGUCGGUUUUUAGAGGAAAAUAUUGACAGUCCUGGUGUAGAUGUUGAAGAAGUGUUAAGUCAGCACACAGAAGAUAUGCUCCAAAAUAACCAACUAAGGGACCAGGGUUCACAUGUGAAAAAUGUAUGUGAGUGUAGAAGUAAGCUGAUCUCCCAGUUUUGGAAAUCAUACAUGGGCUCAAAGAAGUGCCCAAUCUGCAAAGCGGGAAGGUCACUUGUCCGAAAAGAACAUAAUAGCAAACUCACUGUGACUUACCCCACUGUGGUAAUCCAGAAGUCGGGCAAAGAGACAAUAGUGGAGGAGGCAGCAACCAUAGAUGAGACUCAGCUGGGGAAACGAGGCUACAUGACACCUGCCACUGCCAAAAAGCAUGUUGAAGCUUUGUGGAAGAAUGAAGGUUUUUUUCUCUGCAAGCUUUUUGCUGGCAUGACCGUCAAUGGCGAUUCAGCUUUCAAUCCCGAUAUGUUCUUCCUAGAUCAACUUGUUGUUCCUCCUUCUAGGUAUCGUCCUGUGAGUUGCGUUGGAGACCAGAUGUUUACAAAUGGCCAAACAGUGAACUUGCAAGCUGUCAUGAAGGAUGCCCUGCUAACCCGGAAGCUUCUAGCUAUCAUGGCUCAAGAACAGCAUCAGUCAACGCAAACUGAAGAGGGAGACUCCCAGAUGAUGAUGGAUCAGCCCUCUGAGCCCCUGGAUCGUUCUGUUCUGGCGACAAUCCCAGGGCAGACCACAGCAGAUAAGCUAUACAGCAUCUGGAUUCGUCUUCAGAGCCAUGUGAAUAUUUCGUUUGACAGUGACAUGGAUAAGCUAAUGUCUGAAAAGUUCCCCGGUGUGCGUCAGUUUCUGGAGAAAAAAGGUGGCCUGUUCCGUAAGCACAUGAUGGGAAAGCGAGUGGAUUAUGCUGCUCGGUCAGUCAUCUGCCCUGACAUGUACAUUCAGACCAAUGAAAUUGGUAUUCCCAUGGUAUUUGCUACCAAACUGACUUAUCCUCAACCUGUAACUCCCUGGAAUGUCCAAGAACUGAGGCAGGCUGUUAUAAAUGGCCCCAAUGAACAUCCUGGUGCCUCUAUGAUCAUCAAUGAAGACGGGUCUCGCACAAUAUUGAGCACAGCCAGCCAGACUCAGAGGGAAGCCAUAGCCAAGCAACUUUUAACGCCUUCCACUGGGGCACCAAAACCAGGGAUAAAAACUGUGUGCCGCCAUAUUAAAAAUGGAGAUGUCCUUUUGCUGAAUCGGCAGCCUACCCUUCACAGACCCUCCAUUCAAGCCCAUCGUGCCAGGAUUUUGCCUGAAGAGAAAGUUCUGAGGCUUCACUAUGCUAACUGUAAAGCCUACAAUGCUGACUUUGAUGGUGAUGAAAUGAAUGCUCACUUCCCACAAAAUGAGCUGGGCCGAGCGGAAGCCUAUGUAUUGGCCUCUACCGAUGAGCAGUAUCUUGUUCCUAAGGAUGGGACGCCACUGUCAGGUUUAAUCCAGGAUCACAUGGUCUCUGGUACCAGCAUGACCAUACGGGGCUGUAGUUUCUCUCGAGAACAGUACAUGGAAUUGGUGUAUCAAGGGUUGACAGACAAAAAAGGAAGAGUGAAGCUUCUCCCUCCAGCCAUUAUAAAACCACAACAAUUAUGGACAGGAAAGCAGGUUGUUUCUACAUUGUUAAUAAAUGUGAUUCCAGAGGACCAUAUUCCACUGAAUUUGUCUGGGAAGGCUAAGAUUGAUGGAAAAGCCUGGAUGACUACAUCUCAUUCUAGAAUGUAUGGAUCAGCUCUUGACUUUCUGUGUGAAUCCCAGGUUAUCAUUAGAAAUGGUGAGCUGCUCUGUGGAGUCUUGGAUAAAGCUCACUAUGGGAGCUCUGCCUAUGGUUUGGUGCACUGCUGCCAUGAGGUCUAUGGUGGUGAGACUGCUGGAAAGGUGCUGACGGCUCUGGCCCGUCUCUUCACUGCCUACUUACAGUUCUACAGGGGGUUUACGAUGGGAGUUGAGGAUAUUUUGGUCAAACGCCCAGCUGACCACAAGAGGCGCAAAAUCAUUAAAGAAUCUACCCACUGUGGCACAAAGGCCAUUAAAGCUGCAUUUAACUUGCCAGAAACUUCAUCGAGUGAGGAGGUCCGAAUAAAAUGGCAAGAGGCACAUCUCCGCAAAGACCAGAGAGACUUUAAUAUGGUCGACCUGAAAUUCAAAGAGGAAGCCAACCAUUACAACAAUGAGAUUAAUAAGGUAUGCAUGCCUCUUGGACUUUACAGGAAUUUCCCAGAUAAUAACUUGCAGCUGAUGGUACAGUCAGGCGCCAAAGGCUCUACUGUGAAUACUAUGCAGAUUUCUGGUUUGCUGGGCCAGAUUGAGUUAGAAGGUCGAAGGCCUCCAUUGAUGCCAUCUGGUAAAUCACUGCCAUGUUUCCAGCCUUAUGACUUUUCUCCCAGAUCAGGAGGAUUUGUGGCAGGUAGAUUUCUCACUGGGAUUAAACCUGCGGAAUUUUUCUUCCAUUGUAUGGCCGGUAGGGAGGGUCUGGUGGAUACAGCUGUCAAAACCAGCCGAUCUGGGUAUCUUCAAAGGUGUAUCAUAAAACAUUUGGAAGGACUGAUAGUUCAUUAUGACUUGACUGUGCGAGACAGUGAUGGCAGUGUGAUUCAGUUUCUCUAUGGAGAAGAUGGAUUAGAUAUCCCCAAGACACCGUUCCUACAACCCAAGCAAUUUCCUUUCAUUGCUGAUAACCACAAGGCAAUAGAGAAAUCUAAGCAUUUGGAUGAAGUUCUGCCAAAAAUGGAUCCUCAACAAGCAAAUGGACAGUUCAAAUCCAUCAAGAGAUGGCAAGUCAAGCACCAGCAGUCUUUGAGAAGGAAAGGAGGCUUUUUGCUAUUUUCUCAGAAAAAUAUGGCAAGCGUAAGAACAGAAAUCCCUACAGGAGAACUUGUGAAUGGUCGAGAUCUUGCAACACUACAGUUGCUAAAGAUGUGGUAUGAACUGAGUGAGAGGAGUCGGAGCAAGUAUCAGAAAAAGGCAGCAAAAUGUCCUGAUCCCAGUCUGUCUCUCUGGCGACCAGAUAUCUAUUUUGCAUCUGUGUCAGAAACAUUUAAAAUCGAAGUAGAGAAUUUCCUUGGAGAAUGGGACACUCAGAAUGACCUUGGCUGCCGCAAGUUUGAACUUUCUUCUGAGAGAUUAAAUGACUUGCUGCAUCUAAAGUGGCAACAAUCGCUAUGUGACCCAGGAGAAGCUGUGGGUCUCCUUGCUGCUCAGAGCAUUGGGGAGCCCUCCACACAGAUGACUCUGAACACCUUUCAUUUUGCUGGGAGAGGUGAAAUGAAUGUCACACUCGGUAUCCCAAGGUUGCGGGAGAUCCUGAUGGUAGCCAGUGCUAAUAUUAAAACCCCAAUGAUGAGUAUUCCUGUACUUAAUACCAAGAAAGCUCACAAGAAGGUGAAGAGACUGAAGAAGCAGCUUACCAGAGUGUGCUUAGGUGAGGUGCUAGAGAAAGUUGACAUUGGAGAAUCUUUGUGUUUGGAGGGGAUGCAAAACAAGCACCGCAUCUACACCAUGAGAUUUUGUUUCUUGCCGUAUGAAUGCUAUCGGGAAGAGAAAUGUGUGAAACCAAGGGACAUCUUGCAUUUUAUGGAGACAAGAUUUUUUAAAAUCUUGCUGGAAACAAUCAAGAGGAAGAGUUCAAAGUUGGCCUCUUAUAAUACUGUCAGCACUCGAAGAGCAGUUCAGAGGGACUUGGAUCAUAAUGGGGAAGGUGUAGCAUCACAUGAAAACCAGGAGGACCCUGAAGCCGAGGAAGACAGGAGAGUUCCUGAUGGUGAAGCAGUUGAAGCGGAUGACGAUGCUACAGAUGCAAAAAGAAGGGCAAAGCAGGUAGAGGAGGUUGAUUAUGAGAGUGAUGAUGAUGGUGAGGUGAUGGGUGAUGAUGAAAUUCCAGAUGAAGAAGAGAAUGCAUUGCAUGAAAGGGACCCAGAAGCAACUGAAACUCAGGAUGAACUUUACACUCCUUCCUCUAGGCGACAGAGUCAAAAAAAGAGACAGGAUACUGAUGAAUUGGCAAAGCACAGAGUUAGUGCUGUACUGGAGGGUCACGAUGCUAUAGAAAGCUAUACAUAUGACAUGGAUAAUGAUCUGUGGUGUGAGGUCACAUUGAAACUUCCUCUGACAAAGGAGUACUUUGACCUGACUUCACUUGUGAUGACUCUGGCAAACAGCACUGUUAUCCACGAGACAAAGGGGAUCACACGGUGUCUCCUAAAUGAAACCACUAGCAAGAAUGGAGAGAAGGUGCUCACUUUGCAGACUGAAGGGAUAAACCUCCCCGAGCUCUUCCGAUACUCUGAAAUUCUUGAUCUGAACCAACUUUAUUGCAAUGACAUUCAUGCAGUGGCCGAUACUUAUGGCAUUGAGGCUGCCUUGAAAGUCCUUGAAAAAGAGAUUAAAGAUGUGUUUGCUGUGUAUGGAAUUGUGGUAGAUCCUCGGCAUCUCUCUCUGGUGUCAGAUUACAUGUGUUUUGAAGGUGUUUACAAGCCAUUGAAUCGGUAUGGGAUGCAGUCUAGCUCAUCCCCCUUGCAGCAAAUGACAUUUGAGACUAGUUUCAAGUUUCUGAAGGAUGCAGCUAUGCUAGGCUCCCAUGAUGAGCUGCAAUCACCUUCUGCUUGCUUGGUGGUAGGAAAGGUUGUCAAGGGAGGAACUGGUUUAUUUGAUCUCAAGCAACCUCUUAAAUAGCGUUAAUGUUUUUGUAUAGGCUUUUAAAGCUGAUUUAUCGCAAGGAAUGAAGAUGCUGCUGUGGUUCUGUUUUUUGUUUUGUGUGUGUAUGUGUAGUCUUCACUGAAUGUAAUUACCAAUACUGGCCAAUUUGGAUUUGAUAUUUCCUAUGCCUUACAUCUUCAGGAAUUAUAUUUAAUAAUAAAUGUCUUGAGCUAUGCCUUCAA